AUGAGUUUUAAAGGCUUCCAGAAGAGCCUUGUGCGGGCUCCGCAGCAGUUCAAGGUCAAGUUCAACAUGGGCGAACACACCAAGGACGCGGUGUACCUCGAUGCGGAACGCCGCUUCCAGGAACUCGAGAAAGAGACAAAGAAGCUCCACGAUGAAUCCAAGAAAUACACUGGUGCUAUCAACGGCAUGUUGAAUCACCAGAUCGAAUUCUCCAAAGCUGUCGCCGAAAUCUACAAGCCCAUUUCAGGCCGUGCUUCCGACCCCAACUCCUACCACGAUGAAGGAAAUGCCGAGGGGAUCCAGGCCUGUGAGGAUUAUGAAACGAUCGUGCGUGAACUACAAGAGGCUCUGGCUCCCGAGCUGGAGAUGAUCGACAGUCGAAUCGUCAGCCCUGCGGACCAGCUGCUCGAGGUGAUCAAGGUGAUCCGCAAGGUUGGCCUCAAGCGCGACCAUAAGCAAUUGGAUUAUGACCGCCACCGCGCUUCGCUGAAGAAGUUGCAGGACAAGAAAGACAAGUCAAUCAAGGACGAGAAGGCGCUUUACAAGGCGGAGAACGACGUCGAGCAGGCGACACAGGAAUUCAACUACUACAAUGACCUACUGAAGGACGAGCUGCCCAAGCUGUUUCUUCUUGAGGCUGAGUUCAUCCGACCGUUGUUCCAGUCGUUUUACUACAUGCAGCUCAACAUCUUUUACACCUUGCACGAGCGGAUGCAGGGCAUGAACAUCAGCUAUUUCAACCUCGCGCUGGAUGUCGAGGAGGCCUUUGAGCAGAAGCGAGGUGACGUGAAGGAACGCGCCGAGGCUCUCAGUAUCGUACACUACAAAACCCAGGGAGGCCGUCGCACCAAUACGCGGCUGAAUCCACUGGGCAAGGACUCCGACAGCAAGAGCGCCGCGUCCCGAGAGCGCUCUAGCUCUACUGCCGACGAACAUCCCCCGCCACCGUAUUCUAUGGCGGCAGCCACCCCCAGCCCGACUGGGAGCUUUUCCUCUGCUGCUAAGAGCAAGCCGGCUCCGCCGCCUCCAAGGGCGAAGCCUGCACACCUGAGUCGCCCCGUCGAGACCGUGACCGCACUCUACGAUUACGAGGCCCAAGCCCACGGCGACCUGGGCUUCUCAGCGGGCGAGGUCAUUGAGAUUGUCCAUCGCACCGAGAAUCAGAAUGAAUGGUGGUCCGGGCGCGUCAACGGUCGCGAGGGCCAGUUUCCUGCAAACUACGUGCAAUUGAAUUAG